GUCAAUGUCAAAAUUUUAAGUUGGCAACGAAGUUAUUUUUAGUUUGUUGAACAAAAAUGGCUGAGCCAGAAUUAAAUCUCGAUAGCUUAAUUCAGCGAUUAUUAGAAGUGAGAGGAUGUCGUCCUGGAAAACCUGUUCACAUGACAGAAGCAGAAGUCAGGGGACUUUGCCUCAAAUCGAGAGAAAUAUUUCUUCAGCAACCCAUCUUGCUGGAGCUUGAAGCUCCUCUAAAAAUAUGUGGAGACAUUCACGGUCAAUACACAGAUCUUCUCCGUCUAUUCGAAUAUGGAGGCUUUCCGCCAGAGGCCAACUACUUAUUUUUAGGAGACUAUGUCGAUCGAGGAAAACAAUCUCUGGAAACCAUAUGUCUUCUACUUGCCUACAAAAUAAAAUAUCCCGAAAAUUUCUUUUUACUGCGAGGAAAUCAUGAAUGCGCCUCGAUCAACAGAAUAUAUGGUUUUUAUGACGAAUGCAAACGGCGAUUCAACAUCAAAUUGUGGAAAACAUUCACAGAUUGUUUCAAUUGUUUACCCAUUGCUGCGAUUAUUGAUGAGAAGAUAUUCUGUUGUCAUGGAGGUCUUAGUCCAGAUUUGCAGGGUAUGGAACAAAUCAGACRUAUAAUGAGACCUACAGAUGUACCGGACACUGGUAAGUUUUAAUAGUCAUAUGUAAUC